GUGGAAGUGAGUCUAAGGCAGGAAGCUAGUCCCCAGCUCAGGACGUUGAAGCAAGAGCCAUGAAUUGCUUCAGAGCUCCACCAAGCAACUCUUGGGUCUAUCCCACGGUGAUACUCUGCUUAUUUGGAUUUUUCUCCAUGUUCAGGCCCUCCGAAUCAUUCUUAAUCCCAUUUUUGUCUGAUCCCAGUAAGAAUCUAACCGAAACAGAGAUGACAAACGAGGUCCUUCCUGUUUGGACAUACUCCUACCUGGCCAUGCUGCCCCCCGUGUUUGUCCUCACGGAUUACCUGCGCUACAAGCCGGUCAUCAUGUUACACAUCGUGGCCUUCGUCGUCUGCUACCUGAUUCUCUUGUUUGGCCAAGGUGUGGUGCUCAUGCAGGUGGCCGAGUUCUUUUUCGGGGUCGUCUCAGCCACGGAGAUAGGUUACUAUUCCUACAUAUACAGCAUGGUCAGCCCAGAGCACUACCAGAAGGUGAGCAGCUACUGUCGGAGUGUCACCCUGGUGGCCUACACAAUGGGCUCGGUGCUGGCCCAGCUCCUGGUAUCCCUGGCAACUGUACCAUACUCUUACCUCUUUUACAUAUCCUUGGCCUGUGUCUCUGGGGCAUUCAUUUUCUCACUUUUUCUACCAAUGCCUGAGAAGAGCAUGUUUUUCCAUACAACGUAUGACAGAAAAGCCCAUCAAAAGCCACUGGGACAAGAUACUGUCCUCGAGGAAGCUCAAAAGAACCACAAGACGGCUCGCCCAGAAUUGCCUGCCACUUCAGGGAAGCCAGGGGACAGAAAGCUGAGCAACCCAGAGCCAGAAAAUGUGACUUUGAGGGUCUUUGUGCAUUGGUUCGAAGAUCUGAAGGAGUGCUACUCCUCAAAGCACCUGUUUUACUGGUCCCUGUGGUGGGCUUUUGCUACAUCGGGCUAUAACCAAAUCCUGAACUAUGUUCAAGUCUUAUGGGAACACAAGGCACCCUCCCAAGACUCUUCUAUCUAUAAUGGAGCAGUGGAAGCUGCUGCAACCUUUGGAGGAGCUUUGGCUGCCUUCACCGUGGGCUACGUCAAGGUCAACUGGGAUCUCCUAGGAGAGCUGGGUCUGGCCAUCUUCUCAGCCCUCAUCUCCGGUGCUCUGUUUCUCAUGAAUUACACGCUCAACAUCUGGGUGUGCUAUGCGGGCUAUUUGGUGAUCAAAUCUAGCUAUAUGUUUCUUAUAACCAUAGCAGUAUUUCAGAUUGCCGUUAACCUGAGCGUAGAACGUUAUGCCCUGGUGUUUGGCAUAGACACCUUUAUUGCCUUGGUGAUUCAGGCCAUCAUGACGGUGAUUGUGGCAGAUCAAAGAGGGCUCCACUUGCCAGUCACCACUCAGUUUUUAGUUUAUGGAAGUUACUUUGCUGUCAUUGCUGUGGUCUUCCUGAUGCGAAGCACAUAUAUUAUCUACUCAGCCAAAUGCCGAAAGGAAGUGGAGAGCCUUGCAACCGCCACUCAGAGUCCCAAUGAGCCACACCCACAAGAGCCAAGAGAUGUGUCAACAAAGUUCUAA